GCGGCCCCGAGCAGCAGCCAUCGUCGACCUUAACGACCAACUAUGGCGCAGGCAGGUGAGGCCCAUGCCUUCGACCCCAACAACGCCCAGAUCCAGGUGGAGCACGACAAAAAGCGGCGGCAGUUUGUGAUAAGGCUGAACGGGUCUCAUGACCGUGCAGUUCUCCUGUACGAAUACGUUGGGAAGAAGACGGUGGACCUGCAACACACCGAAGUUCCAGAUGCAUACAGAGGAAGAGGAAUUGCUAAGCACCUGGCCAAGGCAGCCAUGGAUUUUGUGGUUGAAGAGGAUCUCAAAGCCCACUUGACCUGCUGGUACAUUCAGAAGUAUGUCAAAGAGAAUCCUCAGCCUCAGUACUUUGAACACAUCUAUCAAUGAGUGCUCCAACAGAGAAGGAGAGAGACUCACGGGAGGUAAAAACUGUGGCAGCAUGCGUUGGACACGCAGGCCGAGAUACAAUUAAGGACCUUCCGGGCAGUUGUGCCGGACAAAUGAAUCCAGAGAUGACUGAUCUCAUGAGGAAGACAUCAGUGGGGUCAACAUCGGGUCGGCUGGUCAGUUCUGUCUGUAACACAGGGAUACACUCGCCAGAAGCAGGAAGUUAAUCAGAAGGUCACAACUUCAAGAAGCAACUCAACUAACCAAAGCUGAAGCCUGUUACCUCAGACAGAAACCUCCAGGACGCACCCAUCGCAGACUGAAGGUGAGGUUUAGGUUUGUAUCACAAACAGAUGUGGGUCAACCUUUGCUGCAUUUUGUCCAUCUUCAGCACGGACGGAACCAGAGACCCAGGCUCUUUGUGUUUGGGGGAAAACAGCGAAGGUGCCAAUGCUCAAAUGAUACUUUUAUAUUUCAAACCUCUUCUGAUGUUUGUUUUAUUUUCUUUGUGAUCUUCUGGUAAAUACUAGUAGAGUAGGUCUUCAAGAUAAAUGCAAAACUGUGUAGGAAUAAAGUCAUUGUUUUUACAGAACUAUAA